UCCCCCCCCCCCCCCCCCCCCCUUUUCAUUUCAUUUCCUUCCAAUGGCUUGGAGCGGGAGCGAACCUGACCUGUGAGUGUCCUCGAUGGAAGCGUGUGUUGUUUAAAAAUAUAUGAGCAAGAGCCAUGAGUAAACGGAGCAAUGUGUCGUACGUGAAGCCGGCCGAGCCCGCCUUCCUCAGGAAGUUUAAGGAAGCUGUGGGUUACAAGCCCGGGCCGACGGUGGAAACGAAGAGGCAGCAGCUUGCACCUGCUGACAGCGACAGUGGAGAGAGUGAUCCAGAAGAUGAGCAGCCACAGGUGGUAGUUCUCCGUCAGGGGGAUUUGACAGCUGAUGAAGCGGCAAAAAUCAAAAAGAUCACGGAAAGCGCAAAGAAAUCUGAGGAGCUAGAACCUGAGGAUGGAAAGAUUGUAUUUAGAAAACCAGCAAAGCGUUCAUCAGAUGACAACUUUGCAGGUCUGACUGCCACUUCCAGCAAAAAGAAGAAAGAAGAGCGGAUAGAACCCAAAAAUCCAGAGAACAAACCAAAGCAAGUAAAAAACAGCAGCUUGCUGUCUUUUGAGGACGAUGAAGAUGAUGAUUAGAGAGCAGUAGACACGCUACCUACAUUUAAUUCUCAUUAAUAAGAAUUUAAUGAUAUCAACAUCCUGCCUUUGGAUGAACUGAAUUCAUCAGUCCUUUACAGUUCUAAAUAGAUUUAGUUACAUGGUGAUGCAGCUGGGGCUGGCAUGGUAUUGCCAUAUAACUGUAAUAGCUAACCCAGUCUACAAUGUUGUCUCUUCCCUCCAUCAUGGUAGAGAGCUCAGUUAAGUUAUUAUAAGUGCAUUGAGAAGAAUAGGAGGAGGUUCAGAAAAAAAGAUACCAAUCAUUGUCCACUGAAGCCUACUUAAAUGCAUAUUGUUUUUGCAGCCAGAAUAUGCAGUAACCUGAGUACUGCGUUUAAUCUCCCUGUCAUUGAAAUCAAUGGGUGAGGCUUUGGUGAGUGAAUUUUUACAAGAGCAAGUGUUGCAUGAAAUCAGGUUGGUGAGAAAUUAAAGUAAAAUGAAUGAGAAAUAAAAUUAGUCCAAAAGAAAAUAACAAAUAUAAAUUAGUUGCCAGCAUUUUAGUUUGUCAAUGCACUUGUCAAGUGACACCCUGCUGGAUAUCUGGCUUUAAAAUCUAACGCACAGUUGUACAUGUACUGAAAUAAGAAAAGAAAAUUCUGGAUCUAAUGAAGGGUCAUUGAACUGAAACGUUAAGUCUGUUUCUCUUUCCACAGAUGCUGCCUGACUGGCUGAGUAUUUUCAGUUUCUUUCAGAUUUGUACACUUGCUGUAUUGCUGUCAGUGCUGUAUGAAGGCAGUAAUCUCCUGCUGGUAACUCCCGAGCAUAAGCUGAUGAAUGCAUAUCAUAAACAACCAACCAGCAGCAGUCUCUUCUUUAUAAUGCGCAUAAGGGUGAUUUUAACAUGAUCCGUCCAAUGGGGAAACUGGCAGAAGAAGAUCCCAUUUUACACCUCGAUGGGAUUCCACUUUCUAUUCGUCCCAAUGCAAAAAAAAAACAAUUAGAUGGGGUGUUAAAACGGAUAGAUGAUCCAAUCCUGCCAGUUCCUGCUGGGCAGGUGAAGUUAAACUGGCUUGUUUUCCAGGUCUCAGUAUGGCAAUGCGUUUGCUGGUUAGAGUGCCACCCUCUCCACCCUUUCUCUUAAGGUAGCUCUCCUGCCCCAAUCACCAAUGCCAACAUCCAUGGAAUCCACAAACCUGUCACCUCUCAAAUCCAUGACCAUCUUUCCUGGAACCCCAUGUUUGAAUCCCUCCAAUCAGGUUUCUGCCCCUGCCACAGUACCGAAACACCGUACCAGUGUGACGGUGACAAAGGUAAACUAUCCCUCUUCGUCCUUUUCAAUCUGUCUGCAGCUUUUGACUUGGUUGACCACACCAUCAUGCUCAAAAACCUCUCCAACUUUGUCCUGCUAGGUGGGUCUACCUGGUUCCAUUCUGAUCUAUCUAAUCAUCGCCAGAGAAUCACUUGCAAUGGCUUCUCUUUCUGUUCCCACACCGUUACUUCUGGUGUCCAUUGGCCUUCUCUUAUUUCUCAUCUACAUGCUGCUCCUUGGAAACAUGAUCCGAAGACACAGUGUUAGUUUUCAAAUGCAGGGUGAUCAGCGACAGUGCCACUGUGUCACUGACUAGUAAUCCAGAAACGGCAACUCUAGUUUUCAGAGCAUUUUCUUGUAAUUGCUGUGCUAAGUGAUCCAACUGUUUAGUAGUUUUUGUUUUAAAGUGAAAAGAUGUGCAGAUUGACUUUCUACCUCCCGGCUUAUUUAUUACACACAAUUUAUUGUAGCGCCCAAUCCAAGUAUUUACAUGCCUCGUCCACGUUGUGCUUUAACUCCAGGAGUGACCACAACCAGGGGAAGGGACUCAGGUGAAAGCAGAGCACAGGACUAACUGACCGUGAUCCUCGAUGUCGACUAAGCAUUGAAAUUCGUCACAUAGGUACUAAUGACCAGGUAGCCAAUCGGAUAGUUAGUGGUCCAAAGACCUACCCUGAAUACAUCAUAUGAUCUGUGAUGCCGUCUUUGUUAACUAAUUACAUUAACAUAGGAAAAGCCGAAUUCAGUUAACAUAUUUAUAAUUAAUAACAUGCACCGACCACCAAAAUAAUGAACAAAGGUAAUUGCCAAAACCAUAACGAUAGACUAGCAUAAUCAUUGUACUAAUAUAAACAAACUAUCCACCCUACCCACCCACCGGGGAUCGGGAGUUGGACUUCUCACUCUGGGGAAUUACAAUGCCCAUCUCGUAGCAACGUCCCAUCCUUCAUCUUGGGACCAGGUGAGCUCUGUUGAACGAUUCUCUGAUUACUGGCCUCCAAAAAUUUGCAAAAGUUCCAAGGUCAGAGAGAUCGUCAGUCUUGAGAUAAGUUGGGCAAAGGACUUGUAUUUCUGGAUCUUCGGGAAUCGCAUGAGGCUCUUGUUCAAUUCGAGCCACUUUCUUCUUGCUCCCAUGAUGAAUCCAAAGAAGUUCACAGAUGUACCCCAGUCAGCUCUCUUACUUCUUCCUUCAGGUGUUGAUAUUUCCAUUCUUUCUCGGUCUGAGCUUUCUCCAAUGAAUUGUUAUCUUCAAAACGCACUGAGACAUCGACAACCGCAACCACUCCAUCCUUGAAGAGUACCAGGUCUGGCUUCCAUAGUAUUCCGUCUUUUCCAAAGAGUCUCGGUUGCAAGUGGGAUACCCAGCCGGACUUCGAAAUAAACUGUUGCAGGUGAUCCAGGAUUUUAUUAAAUCUUUUGAUCCAGGCGUUCUUGACGAACAGAUAGUUACCAGAGAAGUGAGCCAAUGGUUCGAAAGGGGCCUCACAUCGUCUGCAAGACUUGUUUGCAUGGCACCCUGGUUAUGGUGGAUUUUGUUGGGUAGAGAUUACACCGUAAUAAAAUACUGUUAAUGAGCCUGGAUUGCUUGAGACUAAAACAAGUUCUGAGCCAGGAAUUUGAGGUAUAGUCAUUGCCAUAGUACUCUAUGCCCGCUCCUUGGCUUUAAAUAUUUACUUUAAAUAUUCAACCUCCCUCCAAGCCACAUAUCUGUUGACUGAUUUUGGUUUGGACGUUUGGGUAAUACCCACCCAUCCCAAAUCGAUGUUUUCCUGUAAGCCAUUUCCUUCAUGCGUCCCUCUUGCACCACACUUCUGCUCAAGGGAUUCUGCAAUCUCGCUGAACACUUUUAAAAUUCCUCAAGGAGUUGAUUGUUUCUCUGUUCUUAACACCACUGUACUCAAACGAGGCCUGAAUCACCACGUCUGGUGAGCUCUCCAAUGCCUCUAACUUCCGGAUAAUAGCUGAAGGGAUUUGUGCUUCAAGCCUUGGCGUGGCUAGACCUCCAUUGCGGUUGCUGCUUAAAGUAUUCUAUCCGUAAUGUGCGAAGGAAGGUGGAGGAUUUCUUUUGCUGCAUUUCUGAUCGAGUUUUAUCAAUGUGUUUUGAGAUACCUCUGCAAGGAUUCAAUGAAAGAUUCUUGGAAUCAUGAUAGGUUGAAGUGCUGCCUUCUUCAAACUCUCUAUCCAGCCAUCGAUUUUGGAUCCCCACUGCUCCUCAGUUACUCCUGCCUAGGGGUCGAUUCUGGCUCCCAAAUAUUUCUCCACGUCUCCUGGUGUUAUAUAUGAGAUCGGACCUCCUCUCAGCUGCCAGUUUGCUAUACUAUUUUACAGAAAUGUCUUCCUCUUGUGGAUGAAGUGGAAGCCCUUGGUCUUCCCGACAUUCAUCUCCAACCCCAUACUCUGGCAGAAGUCCUGUACGAUGACUAAGUUCUUGGCCAUGCCUGCAUGGGAGUCGCUGAGUAAAAGAAUGUUAUCAGCGAAUGCCAGAGCUGAGCAACUGAUCUGCCUUCCCUGAAGGGACAAGUGGACGCCCAACUGUGCCUCCUGUAAGGAACAGAUCAAAUGGUCCUUAGCAAUGUUAAACAGAAUUGGUGAUAAUGGGUCAUCUUGCUUGACCACUGUCAUGAUAUUGAUAGGUUCAGUUUGACCGUCUUUACUUUCAAUAAAUGUGCUAGUUUCCGAGUACAGAUCUGUGCUCAGUGAUAUGAAUCCUUUUGGCAGCCCCACUCUUUUUGAAGUGGCUUGAUGAGCAUUUUAUGUCCUAUAGAAUCGAAUGCUUUAGCCAAAGCCACAAAGACAACAACCAGCUCUGUCCUGUUGCAUUUGGCCCCUUUCAUGAUGUUACUUAGAACGGCGAUAUUUUCAUUACAGCCAGGGGUCGCCACCAGAAACCCUUUCUGCCUAGGGUUGAUCUGUACUGCUUCACUUAACCUCUUGGCAAUGAUUUUAGUGAAGAGCUGUAAUAAUAUCGGGCCGAUCGUGAUUGGUCAUCAGUUGUCUAUGCUUUUUAGUUUUUCAGCAUCGUUUGACUUGGAAAUGAGAACAGUGCGACUCUUUUUCAAGACCCAUGGGAUGGAACUUGACUUGAGCGAAAGGGAGAAGAGACGUGGGAGCCUGUCUUCGUACUCUGCCUGUCUUCGUACUCUGCCUGUCUUCGUACUCUGCCUGUCUUCGUACUCUGCCUGUCUUCGUACUCUGCCUGUCUUCCACCUUCAUUCCAUCAGGUCCUGCUGCCAUACUCUUAUCCAUGCCUUUGAUUGCAGCCUCUACCUCCUCCCUCUGUAUGGGUUCUUUUUAAAGAGUCAUAAUCUCUCCUUCCAGUAUACAUUGCAAACUUUUGGAGGUUUGCUUUGUUAUUUGGUUUAGAGAGCUUAUUGGUGAAGCUCUCUUUGAGUUCAGCUUUGCUGAGUGGACAUUCUAGGGUGGACGGUGCACCCAUGAUUUGCCGUGCUAUUUCUCCCCUGUCUAUUUUGUAUAGCCACUGAGUUGCCUUGAACUUGGCUUUUUUAGCUGGCCACUUUUUCUUGGAUUUCGCAUUUUGGCUUCCGUCUUCGGGACGGGCUUCUUUCUUCCUGGGCCUCCUGCCAGUUUCCUCUCCCUUUUCCUCAGUUAACAGAGUUUCUGUUAUGCUUUCGACGAGGCCGAUGGCGCUGGCUCUCGUCUCUGGGUUGUCCCGUACCGCCAUUAGUUCUUCAGCUGUAUUCAGCUGAUCAUCCAGAUCCCUUUUCCUGGGGAUACUGGCUGGGGGGUCGCACAUUCAUUUCUCUUUGGGGACUGUUCCCCCUUGGCCACCAGUGCGUCAUCCCCCUCUUGUGGAGCUUCCAUCCCCCCCUAAGUCUAGCUGCCAUGUGAUGAUAGUACACUCUCCAUGUUCUGCUCUGCUUUCAGGAGUGAUCUUUUCUUUGUUGCGAUCUGCUUGCUGGUUUUCAAGGUUUACACUGCUGUUUGUUUGUUGACAUCUGCGUGGCCUUCGUACCGCUUCAUUAAUUCUCUGAGGAGCUCCGUUUCCUCUUUUUGUCCAUUUGCAGUCUAUCCGGCCGGGUUUUGCUUGUGACAGGUGAGUUGCUAAUCGUUUCGCGUUGCGUACUUCUGCGUGCCCAUGAUGCUCAUGCUGGCUGAGCCCAGUUUGCGAUGUGAAUCGCAUUUCAGUGUUCACAUGCAUAGAUCAUACCAGUUGGAGGUGGCCUUACCCCUUUACGUUUGCUAUAAUGACAAGCAAUCGAAUGGUACUCGCCAGAUUUUCUGCAUUUGGAACAAAUGGUAAGUACGCGUGUAAUCUGAUGUCUCACGGCCAUGUGUUUGCAAAACUCACCUACCCUGGGGAGUAGCAGAUUGCACUGAUCGCAGAGCAGAUCAUCAAGGGGGUAUUGGAUUUCCACUUGGCUCUGUAUGGUUCCGUCAUCACUAGGUCACAGCACCACAGGCUCGAUGUAUAAUUUGAUAGAAUACCUGUCUCAUCUUGGGGCCACUCAACCCCAUUAUUGUCCAAAGUUAACAUUCCCUUGAACUUCUUGUUAUAAAAGGUCAGCGUUUUAAUGGCUUUCGUGUCAUCCCUUUCGCCUAGAGGGUUUGACUCAGAGACCUUCUCGUGUAGUUCGUCAUUCACUACUUGGGGUUUUUUUCUCUUCUAGUCUGGCUUGUUUCACCGGUUCCCAGUAGGGCAGGUAAAAGUGUCUGUAUGGCCUCGUUUCCACCUCGGCAGUUUGUGUUGAGGUGGACUUUUUCUCUCUCUCUCAUCCGUUGAGCUCGGAACCAGCGCUUGUGUAGCAAUUGCAAUUUUCUCGGUGGCCUGCUCCAACGGGCGCAACUGUGGGGACAUUGUUUCUCCGGGUCGCUUCACAUCUGGGCCGCUCUGACCACCAACGGUCAACCGUUUUUAUACGUUAACACUGAUCUCCGCGGAUCACAACCAACACGGUGUUCUUUCGAAGGUCAUUUGGCCAACGAAACCUUAUCUUUCUCUGUGCCAAAACGGGUAAUGGUGACGUUGUUACCAGCGGAUGCCACGAGGAGGCACGACCGAUGCUGUGGAUGGCGAGAACACCAAACACCACGGGUCGUGUAACCACUAUCCGGACGGACUCUCUGGCGAGGCCACCAUUAAAAGAUUCAUAGUUUAUUCCCACCAGAAAGUCACAGCCAGGUAGCUUUAAAUUACACCUGUGGUUUUCUGCUCCAAUUUGUCACUGUGCUCAACUUCACCAUGAAUGCAGUCAAACUGAUUCAGAGCAGUAUGUAAAAAGGUGCGGACAUGUAGAGAGCAAAAGAAACAGGGCAAUAAGGUGCAACAAAAGCAAUUGCUGGAAAUCUGAAAAAUAGAGAAAAUGAUUUCAAAAGGAAAUUGGAUGGGCGCUUGAGGAAAAUAAAUUUAAGAGGUUGCAGGGGUGGUAUGGGGCUGAAUGGAUUGCUUUUCAGGGGGACAUCACAAAAUCAGUGGGCCAUAUGCAGCCUCCAGUGCCAUAAUGACUGACUACAAAAUGCUUGAAAUGCUCAGCAGAUCAGGCAGCAUCUGCGGAGAGAGAGACUGAGUGAAUGUUUCAGGUUGACGACCUUUCAUUAGAAAUGGAGAAAAGAAGGGUAGCUAAGGUUUCCAUUGAUGUCCCCUGGAAAUGGACUGAUCCUACUAUGCGCUGUUGUCACCACCUUGGGUAGGCAGCUGAACACUGAUGAACUCUGAACUCUGAUUGUUUUGUCAUAAAAGGUAUGAAAUACUUUGCAUAUGACAAUGAACUUUUUUUUUAAAAAGGAAGAAUCUACCUAUUAAGGUGGUUUAAUGGCCCAUCCAAAAUUGAGCCAGUGCAUUUUUAGCCAGAAUAUUUAUCAUUCACUUACCCACAGAAGGAUUGGGUUUCUGGAAAAAGUGUGCGUUUCAUUGGUGAAGUGACGGACAGAUACCAGUUUUCUCCUCGACUUCUUUGCUCGCCCUCCCAACACGCUGCCCAAAUGCUCAAUAUUUCCUGUAUGAGCCUUUACUGUGAAUGGUGGAAGGAUAAUGAACCAUGGGAGCAUUACAGCUGAGUCCAUGCAAACCCACUUCCCUUCAGAGGCCACUAAACAAACGAUUUACAUUUGGGAUUCCUGGCUGAUUUUUCCACUUCUCCAGCACAAAGGUUCACAUAGUAAGUAAUUGGGGAGCCCACUGACAUUAAACUAAUGUGCAUUUAAGUAGGUUUUGUUCCAAGAAUUGAGAAUCCCUAUACAUUAUUUAAAUAAUUACCCUGUGUGUGUGUGCGCGCACGCGCGUGUGUCUUGUGGAUAAGAGAUGAGCACAAUACCAUUGGUUUGCAUAAUUUAAUAACUGAGCUUUUACUAACAUCUUCUUUAAGAAGAUGGAGCAUGUAGGAAUGUGUGUGAUAAGCUUCUUUUUGGAAGCUGAGCGAUGUGUUUGUACAGUGAUGUGGCUGCAUCCUUGGUUUUAUCCUUCAUGAGGUUUGGACUGAAAUGUUGGUUGUUGUGUAUUUUGUACAGUAGUACAUGUAAGUUGAUACAAUGUCGACUUUUUUCCAACUAGAAAUGUAUUUUACAUCUUUGUAGGACAACCUGUAUGAAUUAUACUGUAGCUUUCCUUAAUAAAAUGCGACAUUUAUCAUUU